GGCCAGGCCCCUUCCCGGCCCGGCCCUGCCCCAGGGGGCCCCGCUCGGAGGGAAGGCUGAGGAAUCACGUCCACAUUUCACUCCAGAUCGUCCCGUCUUCCAGGAGACAGGGAACGGAAAUGGCUGUGAUGGAACCAGCUCUGCAGAUGCCGGUGACCUUCGAGGAGGUGGCUGUGUAUUUCACCCAGGGGCAGGGGGCUCUGCUGGACCCCUCUCAGAGAGCCCUCUACAGGGACGUCAUGCAGGAGAACUACGAAAUGGUGAUCUCGCUGGGGUUUCCCAUUCCCAAACCUGACCUGAUCGCCCGUCUGGAACGAGGGGAAGAGCCGUGGGUCCCUGAUCUCCAGGCUGCCAAGGAAAGGGAAAGCCCAAGAGGCACCCGCACAGCACUGGCAGUGACUCCUGUCUGGAUUCUCUCUCCCCCAGCAGGUGAUAGGACAGGGAGUGAGAACAAGGAGGAGAAUCAGCAGCAGGAAAGUCCUAGGAAAGAGGAACCACAGGAGAUUUUUUUGAGAAGAGCUGAAGGGAAUUUUUCCCAGUGCUUGGAACAGGGAAAUGCCUGGGGAGAUCAACACAGGUCAGAGAUGCAACUGGGAAACUAUCCUGGGAAGAAACUGGAUGAAUCCAUUCAACGUGGUGGAAGAUGGAAGGAUCCCAAGGAAACCACAGUCCAGCAGACAGGUUACAAUGAAGAGAAACCCUAUAAAUGCCUCGAGUGUGGGAAAAGAUUCCGUUUCAGUGCAAACCUUCUUAAACAUUGGAGGACCCACACAGGAGAGAAGCUCUAUAAAUGCCUGGACUGUGGGAAAAGCUUCAGUGAGAAGUCAAACCUUAUUAUACAUCAGAGAUUGCACAAAGGAGAGAGACCCUAUAAAUACCUGGAGUUCGGGAGAAGUUUUAGUCAGAGGUCACUCCUCCUUACACAUCAGAGACUGCACACAGGAGAGAGACCCUAUAGAUGUCUUGAGUGUGGGAAAAGUUUCAGUUUGAAAUCAACCCUUAAUAGACAUCAGAAAACACACACAGGAGAGAAACCGCAUAAAUGCUUGGACUGUGGGAAAACUUUCAGUCAGCGCUCAAACCUUAUUAAACAUAGGGGAAUCCAUACAGCAGAAAGACCGUAUAAAUGCAUGGAUUGUGGGAAAACUUUCGGUCAAAGCUCGUACCUUAUUAAACAUAGGAGAAUCCACACAGGAGAAAGACCGUAUAAAUGCCUUGAGUGUGGGAAAAAUUUCAUUCGUCACUCAAACCUCACUAAACAUAGGAGAAUCCACACAGGCGACAAACCCUACGAAUGCAACGACUGUGGGAAAAGUUUCAUUGAGAGAACAAAACUUACUAGACAUCAGGCAGUCCACACAGGAGAGAAACCCCAUAAAUGCUUGGACUGUGGGAAAACUUUCAGUCAGAAGUCACAACUUCUUAUACACGGGAGACUGCACACAGGAGAGAGACCUUAUAAAUGCCUUGAGUGUGGGAAAAGUUUUAGUCAGAGCUCAAAUCUUAUUACACAUCAGCGAACCCACACAGGAGAGAGACCUAAUAUAUGCCUUGAGUGUGGGAAAAGUUUUAAGCACAGUUCAUCCCUAAUUAAUCAUAGGAGAAUCCACACAGGAGAGAGACCCUAUAAAUGCCUUGAGUGUGGGAAAAGUUUUAUGGAAAGUUCAUCUCUUACUAAACAUGGGAGAAUCCACACAGGAGAAAGACCCCAUAAAUGCCUCGAGUGUGGGAAAGGUUUUAUAGAAAGCUCAUCCCUUACUAAACAUGGGAGAAUCCACACAGGAGAAAGACCUUAUAAAUGCCUUGAGUGUGGGAAAAGUUUCAGUUUGAAAUCAACCCUUAAUUCACAUCAGAAAACCCACACAGAAGAGAAACCCCAUAAAUGCUUGGACUGUGGGAACACUUUUGCUAGGCACUCAUCCCUUAUUAAACAUGAAAGAAUCCACGUGGGAGAGAGACCUUAUAAAUGCCUUGAUGGUGGGAAAAGCUUCAGUAAGAGCUCCGAGCUCACCAAACAUCAGAAAAUCCACAAGGGGGAGAGACCGUAUAAAUGCCUUGAGUGUGGGAAGUGCUUCAUUAAGAGCUCAGCGCUUACCAAACAUCAAACAAUCCAUACUGGAGAGAAACCCCAUAAGUGCCUGGACUGCGGGAAAAGUUUUAGCCGUAGCUCACACCUCAUUGGACAUUGGAGGACCCACACAGGGGAGAGACCCUAUAAAUGCCUCCACUGUGGGAAAAGUUUCUCUGAGAGCUCACACCUUAUUAGACAUCAGAGGAUUCAUACUGGAGAUAAACCUCAUCAGUGCCUGCACUGUGGGAAAAGUUUCAUUCAGAAAACAGACCUUAUAUCACAUCAGACAAUCCACACAGGAGAGAAGCCCUAUAAAUGCUUGAACUGUGGGAAAAGCUUCAAUAACCGCUCAAACCUUACUAAGCAUCGGCAAAUCCACACAAGAGAGAGACCCUAUAAAUGCCUGGACUGUGGGGAAAGUUUCAGCCACAAAUCAGACCUUACUGAACACUGGAGAAUCCAGAGGGGAGAAAGACCCUAUAAAUGCCUCGAUUGUGGGAAAAGUUUCGCACAGAGAUCAGGCCUUGUUACACAUCAGAGAAUCCACACAGGAGAGAAACCUUAUAAGUGCUUGGACUGUGGGAAAAGUUUCACACACAGAUCGGCCCGUAAUAGACAUCAGACAAUCCACACAGGAGAGAGACCCCAUAAGUGCUUGGAGUGUGGGAAAAAUUUCACACGGAGAUCAGCCCUUAUUACACAUCAGGCAACCCACACAGGCGAGAGACCCCAUAAGUGCUUGGACUGUGGGAAAAGUUUCCCACACAGAUCAUCUCUUAUUAGACACCAGGCGAGCCACACGGGAGAAAGACCCUAUAAAUGCCUCGACUGUGGGAAAAGUUUCAUGCACAGAUCAAACCUUAUCUUACAUCAGAGAAUCCAUACGGGCUAUAAACCUCAUGAAUGCCUUGCUUGUGGGAAAAGCUUCAGUAAGAGCUCAAACCUUACUAAACAUCGGAAAACCCACAAGGGUGAGAGCAACCCUAUGAAUAGCUUUACUGCGGGAAAAGAUUCAAUCCGAGCUCACACUUCAGCGACACAGAAAACAGCGGGACCUUGAAUGUGGGGGCAGCUUCAUUUGGUGCUUCCAUGGUAUCAGGCAUCCGCAAAUCCGAACAGGAAAGAAACCUCUGAGAUGUUCUCAGUGUGGAAAAUGCUCCAUGUGGCGCUAACAGCAUGUUGGACAUCAGGGACUCCUCCGCACAGCAGGGAAAUUCUCUCAGCGCCCUGACUAGGGCUGGCCCUGGUGACAAACCCAUUUCCUCAUUCCCACACACAUAAGGGGCAUUUGGCUCCCAAGGAUCCAGCUGCCCAUCGCUGGGGUGAGGCUCCAGCAGCAGCCAAACAUCAGCUGGUCAGUGACCCUCUGGCUCUGCCUGGUCUAAGCAAACCCCAGACAGAGGAGGAGAUGCCCCGAUCAGCCCCUCCUCCCUGCUGCAGUCCUGGUUACUGAGUUGAUGGGACACAGGUGGGGGGAGGAAGAGGGAGAAACUCCUCCAGAUGCUCUCUCUGCCUGGCUGAAGUUCCCUUCUAGAAACAAGAAAAUUACUACAAAAAUAGUAAAAUCCUAUGUACAAGAAUAAAAACAGUCUUCCUGGAAAGAUUGGACAGUGCAGCACUCAGGAUGAGAAGACAGCAGAAGCAGUGACUUGGAUCCUGUGGCGGUGAGAAGGAACUGAAGAUGCGGUUGGUCUGUCCCACCCCUUAUUGCCUGGGGUGAACCCACAAGGUGGUACAAGGGCACAUGCGUGGACCAAUGGAUACUCCUACUUUGAAAAGCUCUGGACACAGUGUAUGUGCAUAAUCCUCAUGGAAUACAAUAGGGACUAUCACUCAAAGAAGAAAGACACUUGGGCCAGGCCCCAGCUUCACUCUAGACACCUGUCCCCGCCCCCCAUCUUCCACCAGCCCCAGGGCUGUGCUCCCCCACUUACCUGGAGCUGUUCCCUGCAGGGGGAGUGUCCAUGGAGUUGGUAACUCCUCUCCUCCCCUCCCCAAAUUCCCCAGGGCGCUAGGUUCUGGGAGAUUAAAGGUUAAGGGACAAGGAGGUAUUUUGGAAGGAAACUAGACAUUGAAAGGUUGUGGCUGGAGGAACUGGAAGCAGGGGGAGCUAGGUGCUGGGGCUAUCGAGUGUUUGGGGAUCAGGGGAUAAGAAGUUAGGUAGAUCACAGGGGCAGAGACGUGCUGCCUCUCCUCACUUACACCCUCUGCCCCUUCUCCCUGCCCCCUCUGCAUUCAGACAGCACCACUGAGUGGCAGUGAUUCUCACAGCCUUUUGUGGGAGGCCUGGAGAUCCUACCUCUGCAGCAUCAGCCACGGAGGUGCUCUCUGUGGUAGGAAAUGUAGUUGGGAUUAGCCAGCGCAUCUCUGUGACCCUCCACCAGAUUCCUCCGGGGCUAUGGUGGGGAGAGAGGUGACAGGCCUGGGGCUGGGUUUAGGGAGGGGCGCCCUGCGACAGGGCCGAGCCGCCGUGGCUGGGUCCGGGCUGGGUUCAGGGCCGGGCCGGGCUGCUGCGGCUGGGUCCGGGCUAUGCCCCGCCACCCUGGCUGGCAUUGGGCCGAGUAGGGGUGCCCUGGCCACGGCAUAGCUGGGGCUGAGGGGCCACCCCAGCAGGUCUGGGCUGCAGCAUAGUUGGGGCUGGGGGAGGGGCACCAUGGCAGGUCCCCGGGCAGGUUCCCUGAGCACCUGCGCAGAGCUACAUAGGCUGUGGCAUAGCCUUAGGUAGGGACAGUGAAAUGUGGUGUUUUCGCUUCUGUGCUAUUUCAGGGCGAUGGGGUGAGUCCAAGAGAUUCCCUCCUUCCCCCAGCACCAUCACCCUCCACUCUCCACACAGCAGCCUCUGUCCCAGCAAUGGAGAGUUUUAUCCUGGCCCCGUUCUACCCCUGCACCUCCCAAGAUGUCACUUUCCACCGUGUCCCUGGCUCUCCAUGACAGAAAGUGUCCAAAUCCAAAUGAAUCUGAAGGCACAUUUUGACCUUUCUGAUCUUACAGCCCUGUUUGCAUCUCUUGGUAAAAUUGCUGCCCGUUUUUCUCCAGGCUAGUCCACAUCAUUUUUAGAUAGGAAGCUGCUUUGUUUUUAUUAUUAGGAUGAUGCUAAAACUUGUGUAACUAACAUGACAAAAUAAUGAGGCGAGAAUAGGGUGACCAGAUGUCCCGAUUUUAUAGGGACAGUCCUGAUAUUUGGGGCUUUGGCUUAUACAGGCAUCUAUUACCCCCACCCUCUGUCCCGAUUUUUCACACUUGCUGUCUGGUCACCCUAGGCGAGAAGUAAAGCAGGUUUAGCCAUUUUAGAAGAAAAUGGGUAAAUAUAUUGUCCUGAUUUUGAAUCUGAAGGUUCUCUGAGAUUUCACUUUAUGAACAUGUUUUAUAGCCCACCCUGUAUUGUGGGUUUUUCUCUUUUCCCGACCACCGAUUGGUCACUCGUUUUGGUAUCAGUUUAGCUUGACAGGGUGUAGCUCAGAUUUACUGAGGAAAUCACAACACAAAUGGCCCUUUGUAUUUUGACCUUUUUCGGCCCUUUGUCACGGGAUUUUGGUGUUGUUAGAACAAUGACGAUUAUCAAUAUCAGCACAAAGACCGAGAUUGAGCGCUAGAUUUAUACUCAGACACAGAGACUGAAACAGGGAAUGAAGUUACUGUCUGAUCCCUGCAGAGAUGUGAGAUACCGUCGGGAUGGGGAGAACAGAACUGGGAAAUGGCUGGGUUUGCUCCUCAGAGCCAGAGGGCUGAGGCUGAGAACUGUGAACUCGCUGCAUCAGAGCCAGAGAGAGACUAGGCUUGGCCUGAGCAUUGUGUGAAGCUGUCCCUGAAAUCUAAAUGGCUCUGAGCAACACCCCAAGGAAAAUGAUGGGGGAGGGGGCAGCGUCUCCCUAUUACUGAGAUGCUGCGUAGUUGGGCGCAGGCAAGAAGGGAGCCGGGGAUGUCAACAGACCUGGGCAGCCUUGAAGCCAGGCUGAUCCCCAUCACUGAGGCCAGAGGGAGAUGAGGAGCGCUAGAGCCCUGCUGGUCACCCCCUCCCCAUCUGUCGCAGUCUCCUAUAUGGGGACGACAGAAACUGUCUCUGCCCCACUCACCCCUCUAACCUGAGUUCUUUGGAUUCCCUGCUCUUGGGGUGUUUGCUUUUGUGACAGGCUACGAGCGCCUCUCCCGGCUUCCUGGCACUUUUCUCCCAGUGUGUAAAAGUUGCUGGUGCAUGGGGGAGUUGGGUGGAGCUGUGGGCUGGGCUGAGGGUGGGGAAAGGAGUCUGUCUUUUGCUUGUCCUUUGGAAUAAUAAAAUACAAUUUAGUUUCUC